ACCUUGUUAAAUCCAAAAAGCUUGGCUUUGGAGGAACCAAGUGACAUCAUUUGGGAGGGAAAACCCGAGCCAGAACGGGGUUCAAACUCGCUUGGGGAAUAGCAGCCAGCCCACCAGAAAAAAAUCUGGCCCUUUAUUUUUUUCCUCCUCUCUCUCUCUCUCUCUUUUUCGAAAAAAGAAAAGUAACAUAAAAAUUUAAAAAUGUCCAUGGCGAGUCUUUUCGGGUUGUCUACACCAGUAGAUAUCGAAGUUAUAUUCACUAAUGAAGAGCAAAGAAAGCACAUGGAAGUCAAGGUGGACAAAGACAAGAAGGAGAAUUACCCAGUUUUUCUUGAUGGUGAAUCUGUUGCCGGAAAAGUUAAUAUUAGUUUGAGAGAUGGUAAAAAGCUGGAGCAUAACGGUAUUAAAGUCGAAUUUAUCGGUAGCAUAGAACUCUUUUACGACAAGGGAAAAUCACACGAAUUCUUAACACUAUCGCAAGAACUCGCUGCUCCUGGUGAAUUGCGUCAAAAUGCCGCUUUUGAAUUCGAGUUUAAAAAUGUCGAAAAGCAAUACGAAUGCUACAAUGGUAUUAAUGUGAAGCUUAGAUAUUUCGUCCGUGUUACCGUAGCCCGUCGCUUAGCAGAUAUUAUGCGUGAAAGAGACAUGUGGGUUAAUUCUUAUCGAAUGCCUAUCGAAGUGAACAAUUCAAUCAAGAUGGAAGUUGGUAUUGAAGACUGUCUUCAUAUCGAAUUUGAAUACAACAAAUCAAAGUACCAUUUAAAGGAUGUGAUUGUAGGAAAAAUUUACUUUUUGUUGGUACGUAUCAAGAUUAAAACAAUGGAACUCUCCAUCAUUCGACGUGAAACCACAGGUGCCUUGCCCAAUGUUUAUAACGAGAGCGAAACAAUUACCAAGUUUGAAAUCAUGGAUGGUGCUCCUGUUAGAGGCGAAACAAUUCCUAUUCGUUUAUUCCUUGGCGGUUUUGAAUUAACACCUACAUUCAGAGAUGUAAACAAAAAAUUCUCUACAAGAUACUAUUUGAACCUGGUCCUGAUUGAUGAAGAGAAUCGUCGUUACUUCAAACAGCAAGAAAUUACCUUGUUUAGAAGAAAGGUUGAUGAUGGAUAUCCUCCAGAUGAUGAAGAGUAAAAACAAAACGUUUUAUAUACAUAUACUUUUUUUUUACCUGCUUCAUAUUCCCUAUUACCUUUUUUAUAUUUUUUUUCGCAAAAUAGUUUCUUUUUUUUUUUUUUUUUUUUUUUUUUUAAGCCGUUAUUGUAUUAUUAAAAAUUGAUCAUUCAACAUG